AGGCUCAUUGUUUUCGGUUAUGGCGACAAGCAGCUCUGACGGAUCUUGUGCAGCGCCCGCAGAUUUUCAGCUUUCAUCCGAAUUGGGAGUCGUUGUCAGCCGUCUGAGCAUCAAUUUACUAAAGUGUCCGCUGUGCUACAAUACCCGUAAAAUUUUCUACUGUAGACACUGUAUUCACAAUGGGGAUUUCGUACAUUCAACUUCUGUUUACUCUGAACGGUUUGCGGAUAAACAGUUACGGUUGCUACGGUUGAAAGCCGCAAAGUCCCAGCUUGAAGAAAAAUGCAUGAAAACCCUGGAAAAAAUUAAAUACAAGGACAAACUGAUAUGUGAUAUCAAGACCUGUAAAGAUCGAAUCAGGCUAGUCCAGUCUUUGGUGAAUGAGACGAAGCAAAAUAUAAACACAGGUAAUCAAAGAUUAAACAUCCUUAAAGAUGUUAAUGCGCAAUUGGCAUUAAGAUUGCCAAGGCAUGAGGACCGAGUAGAUAAAUUGCAACGAUACGUAAUAGGAAUAAAGGCGAAGCAAGAGAAGGAAAGGGAAGCUGUUGAGAGAAAGAAGCAAUUGCACAAAAAAGUUGUUAGGAUGGCUACCCAACAAUUGAUUGAUUAUAUUUUUCCCAUAUCGCAGAUAAAGCCCAGCCGAAGUUUGUACAGCAGCGAAGAUGAGAGUGUCUGUGGAGACUUGGUAAGUUGCGCACUUGCAGAUGCUUCCAGGACAUCUUACGUUAGGGGCAGGUGGGUUAAUGACACUGAGAAUAGCCUGGAAAUGCAACAUUGCAUUGUAGCCCCAACUUUACCAGGAACCGGAGAUUAUUCUGCUUAUUCGGUUUGGGUGGCGGCCAACAAAGAUGGUGUACCAGGAGGAAACAAAGAAAAUGCUAUGCACAAUCCGGGCUACAAUAUUAGCGCAGCUCUGACUUAUACAACACAACUCGUUAAUGUUCUUGGAUUUUACCUGGAUGUAAAAUUACCAUAUAAACUGCCCUAUAGUGAUUUUUGCAGCAAUGAAAUGACGGACCAAAAAUUUGCCAGAAAAGUGGCCAGGCUCAAUAGCAAUGUAUUGCACUUAUGUUUUACACAAAAUACAAAUCUUUCGUAUUUACAUCCCACCCACACAUUGCAGAACAUUAUGCACUUGCUCAAUACUGACAUCAGCAAUCUUGGAAGAACUGGUCCAAUCGAAACGGAUUUACCAACUGCUGCGCUGAUGCAAAGUCAACUGAUUCCGGAUUUAGAAGCUAGCGAUGACUCCGCUUCAGAUGACGAGGAAGACACUCCCAAUUGGGAAUGGGAGGCUGUACCACAUGUUAUUUGCCCCGAGAUGAUGGUGCCAAUUCCAGGGGGAAUGAUGGGCCAGCAAUCAUCGGCAAGCAUGCAGGUGAACCAAAGUGUGGCCGGUGGACUUGUGACAAGUGCAGCAGCUAGCAUAGCCUCGCUAUGGCGAGGGUGGACUGCCAAUAAAUAGAUUAUAAAAGG